GCGAAGAAGGCCAGGAUGGAGGCAUUGAGAGGUCACUCACUCAGAUCUUCCCGCCGCGGCAUCCUUAAAAACAUAGUGACAGCGGAAGGAGAGAUUCUGAGGCGGGCUGAAGUUGACCUCUCCGGCAGACAUCUAGAGCGCCUGCCCACCGCCCUCUUCUCUAGCCUCCAUCUGAUCAGCAUAAAUCUCUCCCACAAUCUACUUAACCCAACUUCCUCAACUACCACCUCAAAGAAGCGUCAGGUGGGUCGUGGCAGGAGAAGAAGGGAUCGACUCCGCCGCCAGGCUCACCCUGAGCCCCGGGAGCCCUCCGGUGGUGGAGGGCAGCAGCAAGCGAAUGAUAGCCUCCGGCAACUAGGCGAAGAUGAGGUACUAAGUGGUGAUUCUGGAGUGCCCUCUGACCCAAUAGAAGACGAGGUCCUCAGGAGUGAGCCAGCCACAGAAUCAGGGACUACCAAGUCUGGCUUUCAGACAGAUAAAACUGCUCACCCAGAAACAAAACAGAGUCCUGUGUUUGGAAGUCUCGCAGAAGAACUCGAAGCUAGAUUACGAUUUCGUAAGGCAAUAACCGAGAGACUUCUUGUAGGGAAAAGCGAGGAGGGUGUGCCUUUCACAUAUAAAACACUCACUAUUGAUGCUAAUACACCUCAGAUAGCCUUGAAGAAGCCUUCACUCAAGGAUGUAGUGGAGAGUACAGUGAGGGAACGAGAGAGACACAAGAGUGAGGAAGGAGUGAGAGCUAGACAUGAAGAGAGCAGCAGUUCUUCAGGUGUCGAGGAGAGUGAGAGCGGGAGCGAGAGUGAGAGUGUGGAGAUUGAGGGUGGAGUGAGGACCGUAACAUCCAGGACUCUUGGUGCACUUCAUCACCUCAAGCACUUCCAGCAGCUGCAGGUGGUGGUGCUGGCCAGUAACCGUCUGCAGGAGUUCCCCGGGUGUCUACUCAAGCUCCCGGCCCUCGCACGCCUCUCCCUCGCGCACAACCUCCUUCACGCCCUCCCCCACGCCCUGGCCACCCUCACCAGAUUAGUAGAGCUGGACGUGUCGUACAACCAGCUGACGGGCGUGGGCGCGGGCGUGGGCGGCCUGCCCUCCCUCGCCCACCUCAGACUGGCCCAUAACCGCAUCACCGACGUCCCUGAACUGACCACCAUGGAGGAGCUGAGGACACUGGACAUCUCGGGUAACAGACUGAGAGCAGUGGACGGCCUGGAGGUACAGGGACCUAGCAUACCUGAAGACGACAAUGACAGCCUUCAGGACGACCAGUUUCAAGACGACCUUCUGCAUGAGGGUCAUCAUGACAGUCAGCCCCUAGCACUCAACCUCAGCCUUAACAACCUCACCGGGCCUGUCACCCUCGCCAGUAUACAAAAUGUGACGGAAUUGGAUGUGAGCGACAACGGCAUCAGCAGUCUGGAUGUGUCAUGCCUGGCAGCACUAACCUCCCUCACGUGCUCCAAUAACGCCAUUACCGCCAUCACCCUCCACGCUGCCGCCCUCACCUCCCUCACUGCCACCAACAACCGUCUUACCAGGCUGGAGGUGCGCUACCAUCCACGACGACUGACCAGACUUAACUUGGCCAGGAAUGAAUUAAGUGCUGUACCACCCUGGUUAGUGUCAAGCACUGAAGUAACACUAGUAGACGUGAGUCACAACCAGGUGACCUGCCUCCCAGCCUUCCUUACUUCAGGUCACCUCCGCCGCCUCCACACACUCUCAGCCCACCACAACCGCCUCACAGCUUUUCCCGUACCACAGAGGGGCACCAUUGACCUUCACAAGGACUCAAGCUGUUCUUAUAUCUCUCGGAAUCCAGUACAAGGCCCUCACAGAUCCUCUCAUCUUUCUUCUAACUACAACUCAGUCCACAACUUGCAGGAGGAGCCACGACUGUCUUCACUUGAGGUUCUCUUCCUCCACCACAACAGACUGACAGCUCUACCAUCUAACCUCUUCUCAUGGCUCAACAAGUUAAGAGUGCUGAAUGUAAGUGCCAAUCAUCUGAGUGCAUUGCCUGGUGCCAUGGAAUGUCGUGGGAGCCGAGGAAAGUCACAAGCAUGUGUAGAAGAUGCUGCCAGCCCAAAAGAGACACUGUCUUUGCAAGAGGUGUAUGCUGCAGCUAACAGACUCAGGGACCUCACUCCACUUCAGCAGUGUCGAGCACUUCGUAUCCUACACGCACCCUACAAUAGAAUCACCAACCUCCAGGACAGGCUGGUGUGGUCUUGGGAGCUUCUGGAGGAGCUGGUGCUCUCAGGGAACCAGCUGACGGUUGUGCCUGCUGGUGUGUCUCGUCUGCGACGUCUCAGGGUGCUCAAGGUCCAUUCUAACCCUCUACAAAGCCUGCCUCGCCUUGCACAUCUCUCAGCACUGAAGGUAGUUGAUGCAUCUCACUGCCAGUUGGGCCGCAUUGAACUGGAGGAGUUAGUGUCCCCUGGCUUAGUAGCACUGGAUAUUUCAGGGAACACAGCGCUUUCCUUGGACCAUCAUCAGUUCACCAAAUGCAAAUCAAGGAGACCAGUUAGUGUUGUGGAUGUCACCAGUCGGUCUGGCCGUUCUCUACCCUUGACAAGACCACAGGCAAACUCGCAGCAGAGUGACAGCGACCAGAGAAGUAGUGACCACACCAAGGACACUUCUAACUUACCCUGGACACUAGGGUUUGCAGAAGCCAUAGGUAGAGAUUCCAAGCUAACAAUUGGACAGUUGCGAGUGCCAGAUGUGGGUGGCUUAGGGAGUGUUGGGAUAGCUGCUGUGGCUGAUGGUGGCCAAGAAAUGGGAAGUGUUGGCAGUUUGCUGGCACUGCUUCCAACACUCUUACAAGAAGAAUGUGCUUGUUCCCACACUCGCACAUAUGCCCUCAAAUAUGCUCUAUUAACAGCUCUCAGGCGGCUGAGGUCCCAGGGUGUCGCUGCUCCAGCUGCCGUGUGUGCUGCUCAUCUGGAGGCAGACACCACACACCUUGUCUUACGGCUGUGCUGCUAUGGUCCUGUUUCUGCUGUUGUCACCACUACCCAUGGCCAGCCUAUUGUCCUCACUACUACUGCAACAAGAAAAUCUAGGACAGUAGAAGAGUGCAGUGAGGGGCUGAAGUGUGUGUUAGCGGAGGCUCCCACUCUUCCCGACCCUCACACAACAGAGUUGCACUUGGGACCACAUCACACAGCUGUUGUUAUUGCUAGUACCAGUUUGUGGGAUGUAUUAGGACCAAAAGAAGCAGUCAGUAUCUGCAGUGAAAUAAGGGAGGCAGGAUCAGCUGCUAAGCGUCUCUUGGACCUCGCCCAAGCUUAUGGCACUCGCCAAGACAUAAGUGUUAUUGUAGUGCGCCUUACAUCUCCACAACACAUGACUACAAGUCAGUCACCUGUUCCUGAUUUAUUGCAUAUGAAAUCCAAAUCAGUAAAUAUGAAUUCAUCAAGUGUUCAUGAAAGUUCUGUAGGUUUAGAAAGAGAAAUCUUUGAGAGAGACUUGCCAGUGACCGGGAGAGAGCAAACUGAAAAUAACCGAAGAGUGAAAUAUGAAAGGGGUGUUGGCACUGUAGAGGAUCAUAAUCUCUGUAUUAAAAAUGACCAAAGAAAAAAGUCAAAUAAGUGUACUGACUUCAUGGUAAAUUCCUACCACAUAUUAAAUAACGAAGCUAAGAAAAGUAAUUUCAUACAAGUAGGAUUGCAAAGCAAAAAUCAACAAAGUUCUGAUGUAACUCAAAGACAUCAAGAAAUGGACAGGUCUUCUCCUAGUGGUCAAAGUCAAAGUGAUUAUAGUGAACAUGGUGUAGAUAUUCAGAAACAUGUUGGGUCUAUAACAAAUGAGUUGCAUAUGCAUGGUAAAUCUAAAGAAAAGUUAUGGAAAAGUGUAGAAGAUCUUUAUGCCCAUCCUAACAGAAGAAAAAAGGAGAAAGGGAAAAAAUGUGAAGCAGGUUCAAAAGCAGUUUAUACAAAUGAUAAUACAAGGAGAGCAAUCGCAUAUUACCACUACCCUCGCCCAGACCCAGCACAAGCACCUUUAGAGAACCAUCUGGAAGAUCAUUUUUUUAUGGGGCUAAGUGACACUCAUACAGGUGUGCUUGCCCCUCCUGCAGGCUUUGAUGAUACUGACAGUGACUCAGAAGGUAGUGACAGUGGCCUGAGUGGCGUCAGUGGUGGACAACAUCAUACAAGCCUACAAAAUCAUACAAAAUCAGGUGAUGAUGUAGUAGACAAUGGCUCUGAGCAGGUAAAUGAGGAACAGUUCCGUAGCUGGGAAUAUCUCCUAGCCCGUAAUGCAAAAUUGUUAUUCAUGCGCGAGUUAGAUACCUUGAAACGAUCUAAUUCUCAAUCCAGUCCCAUGCCUACAGCUUCUGCACCUGACUUGGUUUUGGCUGCAUCUGCUGAAAUAGAACCAAGUGGUUAUUUCCAACGAAAUAAUGUGCGCAAAUCGUGUCUAGGAAGAGGUACCUUUCGCUUGAUUCAGAGCAAACUAAGUGCUACAACCAACAAAUUCAGCACUCUUCAGAGAUUCAGAAGCCCAGGUUCUAAAAAUCAUAGUAAUUUUCAUAGAUUUGGAAGUCUGCAAAACUUAAAAUAUUAUCAAGAAAAUCGGCCCAGGCCACCACACUACCCUUUGGUACAGCCUGAUUUGGCCGCCGAAAUGCAAGAACGGCCUGCAUUAGAUUCCUUGGAACUAGAAACGCGCAUGCAUCAUUAUUGGCAUACUGGCGUUACAAAUUUUUAAUAAAUAAGCUAUGAUAAUAUACAGACUACUGUAAUACUGUUCUUUGUAAAGAUCUAAAUAAACUAAAAAGAUUGAUAAAGGAUCUUGUAGGAGACAAAAGUGUUUAAUUGUACCAUUAUAUAAUUGGGGGGAAGUAGUUCUGCGUAGCUGCUCAGCAACUGGGUUGGCAUUAUUGCUUCCUCAUACAAGCAGCUUCUGUAUUCAGCAAUACAGUAAUGAUAAAAUUUUUUGAAUACAAUACAGUAUUAAUCUUUGCAUUCAGCUAAAACUGUAUUGAAGUAUUGAUAAAUUAAUGACUAAUAAUACUGUAUAAAUAUUUUUUCAGUAAAAAAUAUUAGAGAAAAUCAUUGUAUUAGAAUAUUAUAUAGUAAAUAUAUUUUUUUUGUUGCUGUAAUUGUGUGUGUUCAUAUUUUGCAUAAUGCUGAAACAUCCCAGAAACUUGCUAAUACCUAAAAUAUAUGAAAUUAUAGAUUUACAAUGUGAUGCAUGCUAUUUCUAAAUCUGCUUAAUUAUGAAGCAAAACUAAUGAUAUAUUUAAACCAUAGACAUCUGCUAUGAAAAGUUUUUUUUUUUUUUUUUUUUUUUUACCUUGGAUCUGACCUACAUCAAGGAAAACAACCACAUGAAUGGUUUGCUUUUAACCAAGGUUUACUUUUUCUUGAAACCCUUGUCUCCCACUGGAAAAAUUCCAGUAGACAUCCUUGGUCAAAGCUGAUGAUCAAACUAAUCAAACACUAAUAAAGUUGAUGCACUAAAGUAAUUAAGCAGCAGUAGUAACCUUGCUAGUGAAUGAUAAGAAAGAUUAUUACAGUAUCAUACUGUAUUCAAAAGUGGUGACCAAGUAGGUACCAAGUGAUAUUCUAACUUGUGAUAACCAUUAAAGACAAAUAAAAUGUUUACACAGCACUACACU